CACAUUUUUGUCAACAGUGCCGGAGAAACGAGACUCAGUGUAAAUCAAAACAUAUUAUAAUUUAGUGCUUAAUUUUUGUUAAUGCGUCCUAAAAAAUUUACAAUACCAUGCACCGAAAACGAAUAUUUGUACAAAAACGACGAAAAAGUGGUUAUAGUAUCGAUUAUUGGAAAAUCACAAUAUCGAGCGAAAGGUUAUAAAUCACAAAUGAUUAAUACAAAUUUAUCAGAAGAUCUUUCAGAACAACCUUCAAUCAACAAUGAUACAUUGGUGGAAAUCGAAGGAUAUCAUAAUGUUAAAGAACGAGUAAUCUAUUUACACCUAAGAGGAAUAUUAGAUAGUCAUACUUUAGUUUCACAGUACGAUAAUUUUAUGGAAAAAUUAGAAUGUAAAGAUUUCUUGAGUGCAUGGGCGUAUAUGCGUGAAAAGUAUGCCAAAGCCUUGUUAGUUUUAUUUCACAUAUCACAUCUAGUAGUUGUAACCCAUCCAACCCAUACAUUUGACUACAGUUAUGUGCAUUUAUUUCGAGCUUUGGACAAAGUGAGGCAAAAAUUAUCAGGACAAUUAUCUCAUGUUCUAGGUUCUAUAACAGGGUUACCUAGAAAUUGGGUAACAAAUGGAAGACCAUGUUCACCACGAGUAUUAUUUUAUUUUGAAACUGGACCGGAAUUAUUUAAAGAUGUUUCUAAGGAUUUAACAAAUAUUAAACAAUUGGAGCAUUCUUUGGAAGAUCAAAUUUAUAGCAUACUUCGUGGAAGUCAUGUUGUUUAUAACAUCAGUUAUUACUGUUUGUUUGCUAUUCCAGCAAAUCAAGAAUUUGUAUUUAUCAACACUGGAGUAACUGAAUCACGUGAUAUCACGGGAUAUAUGUUGAAGAAACUAAUUGAAAGUUGUAGGAUAGGUUCCACUGGAUUGGGAUCUAAAAAUGUAGUUAAUUCAGAUACAAAUUUUAAUCAAUUUAAUUCUGAAAAUGAGCAAAGAUCUUUUAAAUCUUUUUUACAAGAACAUAUUAAUUUAGCAUUUAGCAAAGGCUUCGAUGACAAUAGUAAAGUAAGAAGACAUAACGUUCCUUCAUAUUUUGAGAUACCAUUAUUAUCUACAUUUUUUAAAGUAGCUAAUGUAGUUUAUGAGUUUUUUAUCCAUAGUAAUGAUAAAGAUCUUAUUUGGUUACAUGGAUUGUUGAAUACAGACGUCAAAUUUAGUAGAAGUAGAUGCAGUAAAGUACUUCCACGUGCACUCCAAACUUAUCAAGAUAAUUUACCGCAGCAUUAUGGACGUGCUUAUCACGAAAGUAAGCUGGCUCAUGCAAUGAUGAUUUUUGAGAUGCAUGCUAGAGGCCCGUUAUUUGAAGAAUUCAGUGAAAAGAUACAACAAGAAUGUGAGAAACAUUGGCAUGCUGGAAGACAAAUGUGUGAAGUUUUAUCAUUGACUGGUAAUCCAUGUACAAAUCCAAUUCACAAGGGUGGCAGUGAUGGAGCUGGAGGCGGUGAAUUGGGUGAAAAUCGUAAUGAUGAUAAUGAACUACCAGUUAUGGAACAUUGUAGUGGAGUAAGAUAUGUUUGUGCCUGCAAUUGUGGAAGAUGUCAAGGCCCUAGGGAAGAUCCAUUUAAUUUACGUCAUGCUAAUUAUGAUUGGUUUCAACUGAUGGCUAAGCAGUGUGGCUGUAUACAAUUAGAAAGUAUUGAAUUUCCGGUAUUUCAACCAAGUACACACAAUUUUAGAGCGGCUCAAUUAUUUCCACAUAUGAAUAGAAAAGAUUCAUGUAGUCGUGUUGAUUAUUCAACACCUCAAAAUCAAACUCAAGCUUGUAGCUUAGUAGAUAGUACUUUACAUGAUAACAUUGAAGGCUAUGGAAGUGGAGAACAGUUAGCAUCAAAUAGCGAUUCUCAUGGUGAGGAAGCACAAAGACUGAAUAAAAUAUUACUUACUCCUGAUGCUCAUAAGGUUGUUAUUGAAGUGACUGAAGGAGAUUUAGACAAUUCUAAAGAAAAGGCACUGAUAAGACAGCCAUCAACAACGGAGUAUUUACCAGGAAUGUUAAAUACUGAAUCUCCAGCUGGACUUUUACCACAAUUUUCUAGUUGGUCAUUAGUCUGUCUUGGACCAAGUAGUUUAUAUUCCCAUAAUUUAGGAUUACAACAUCAAACUGGAAUUCUAGCAACUUCUGCAUUUUUACUUCCUUGGGAUGUAACUGUACGAUUGGAACAUCAAAAAGAACGAGGAUCUUUUUGGCCUGUAACUGGAGAUCAUGCUUACAAUUUACGAGGAAAAAAUUUUCAAAAUUCUAAUGCAUUAAAAUGCCGGAAAUCAAAAGGCGGAAAAGAAUUUGUAGUUAAAAUAUUUGUUGGAGUUGAAUAUGAGUGCCCUCGGGGCCACCGUUUUAUGGCUUCUGCACCUGAUAAAGUUUUAAAAGCAGCCGGGAAUGGUAUCGUUAAAGAUAGUGGUAAUAAAGUAACGUCAAGCACAGCCGAUAUGCCACUUUAUUUUCCAUGCCCUUGCAGGCAAUCAAAACCACUUAUCGCGCAACUGAUGAGAAUCCAUGUAGUAACUCCUAAAGCACCAGUUCAUGUUACACUCAAUCCACGAGUUCAACCUGGUCCUUCACCAUGCCCUAUCUUUGUAACUGGAGCUGAAGAACCCAUAAAACUAUCACAAAGCGCGUAUUGGGUUUUAAGAUUACCUUAUGUUUAUGUGGGUGAAAAAGGACCUUAUUUACCACCAAAAGAACCAGUUCCUAUUUCUCAUGGUCGUUUAUUAGCAGGAAUGUACGGAAUCAGUGAAGUGAUACCAGAAAAAAAAUGAAUUUCCAUAAAUGUUAAUCUAGUGAUUAAUUCAAUAAAAUAUUUUAUGCAUAAACAA